AUGGAUGGUCUACGCGUCGUGCUGCUGUUUGCCGCCGCAGCCCUUGCACAGGAUCUGUACCCCGACUAUCCGGUGGAAGCUGAUGUCGCAGAGUCUUAUGGUGCCGUGGAGAACAACUUCAUUCCGGCGGUAGACGUGUCCGCGCCCGCCACAUACUGGCUGGGGAGCGGUUCCCAGCUAUCGCCUCCCUUCGUCAACACGAGCCUGACGGGCAGUUGCAGCAACUCGAGCCAGAUUGUCUGCACGGGCUGUCGGCGGGUUCGAGUGUGCAUCCCGGGCGUUACGGACCAGACGUUGCUACCGGAGCAGAACUGCCCGCCGUCGACGUACUGCCACACGCUGGCCUUCGAUAUGGGUGGAGCGUGCCUCGCCACGAUCGACCCGCUGUUCCCGGAGUGCAGGAACACCGCCGACGUCGACACCGGGAGCGGCACUGGGGAAGGCGCAGGUAUACUCUGCACCGGGCUGGGAGUGUUUCCGGAUCCGUCCGAUUGCCACAAGUUUCACUACUGCACGCAAGUCGGCGUCAACUCUCGGGCUUUGCGCUGCCCGCACAACUACGUGUACGACUCCGCCAAGAGGUCCUGCAGCCGAUCGAAAGCCUGUCGUACGGUUCACUGCCACCCGUUCGGGCGAUCAGUCUUCGUGCCGUUUCCGCAGAGCUCCAGGUACUAUGCGUACUGUAACUUUAACCGUGCCACGAGCCCGCCGGUGCUCCGGAACAUUCUGAUGUACCAGUGCGAGGCGCACUCGGAGUUCAGCCAGCUGGCCAACGGGUGCGUUCACAAGUGCAACCAGGAAGGGUUCUUCGAGAAGAUUGGGGACCCGUCGCGGUUCUACUGGUGCCGCCGGGUACUGGGCCGUCUGUUAGGCUACGAACAGGUCUGUCCCGGGCAGGGAUCGGUUUUCAACGCUAGGCUCGGAAUCUGCGUACCGCCCGCAACCACCACGACGACGACGACGACGACGACGACGACUCCACAGCCAGAGGCCGGGGCGGCGGCCGAUACCCCCGUGCGGGUGCCCGCCUGGCCUCAACUGACACCCCUUUCGAUAUCCCAACUACUUUCUGGGUAG